AUGAGUAACGAGGGUACAUGUACUGAAUUUGCAACGGAGCUAUGGACAACUCUUACCGACUCUUUCCGCCAAUCUGUCACCGAAAAAAUCGAAAGCAGCACGCCCACCUUCUCUCUCGUUGCUCUGGCAGAGACGAAAGUCUCAUGCCUUGAAAGGGGAUUUGUUUCAGGAGAUAUCUCGCUCGAUAUUUACAGACCGUCUACGGUGCAUGAAGACAUUGAUCCAGAAGCCGUACUGAGCGCGAUGCUCAUACAUGCCACUGAUGAUGAUACUUGUACCGCUCCACGUCGCUACGUCGCCUGUGCGAUUGUUACUGCCGCCACUCAAGAUGAACAGUUAAUUGAACUGGCCAAUAUCUGGGUUCGGUACCUCUUCUGGCCUUUCAAAGCUGAUGAAUGUCGAUGUCGAGAGCCCUCUAUCAAAGAGACCCGAACCUCAGCCGCCUCUCGUUCACACUUUGAAGAUGCUGUGAAGCAGCGCGAUGAUAAUCGCUGUGUCGUUACGCGUGUGCAGGAUAUGUCGGUAAAUCCUGAUGUUAUGACAAUUACCGAACCGACCCAUAUAUUGAAGAGAGUGGCAGGAGCUGGAAAGCGUAGCGAAACAUCUUCGGCAGAGUACGCUACCUGGGAUAUCCUACGCCACUUUGCUGCUUUAUCGGAGGACGAGGUUAAUGAACUCGACGCUAAUAUUAAUUGCGUUCGCAAUGGAAUAACACUCGAUCUAUGUCUUCAUACAUUUUUCGACAACUUUUGCUGGACCUUACGCCCCGAUGCAAGCAUUCCAACUUCAGUGUACAAGCGCAACAUCAAAGCCGUCAACUUCGAGGAAUAUCCAGCAGAACUCCGACCAAGCCGCAAGCUCAUACAGUUUCACUACUCCCUCUCCAAGAUCUUACAUGCAAGCGGUGCAUUCUGGGUCAUCGUGUCAAUGAUGAAGCGGUUCUUCCCUGAGGACUGUGUACCCGCAAAAUUUGACUGCUUGAACGCGGAUGACUUGCUUUUUUACCUGAACGCGGAGAAAAUGCUCCAACAAGUGAGCAUAGCAGGAGAUGAUAUUAUAAAAGGGGAUUGA